AGGUUACUUUCGUAGUUGGCAUUUGUACGAAAGGCCUAUUUGAACGUUGCACAUCCCAAUCCCAUUCUAUGGAACAAUGAAGGAGCAUGUUCAUGCAGUGGAAAACUUAACCCUAGAAAGGGGGGAUGUGAAAACGGUGUCAGCUGAUUCUGCAUAUUGCAGCACCAGUAAAAGUGGAAGUGGAACAGGCAGUAGGAGCGGAGAAAGCAAAUCCCAUGCUAGUACCUCCAGUAGGACUAGCCUCGGCGAAAGCUCCGACAAUGCCGGACCCCCAACAAGAUUUUCCAUCGAAAGCUGUGGAUAACGACAAGAAGAAAUCGUGGCGACGAAAUCACGAUGGCAUCGGUGCCAAAAUUCCAGACAUCAUGGAUGAGGACCAAUCUGACGAUGAGAAGCCGUGCUUGGUGGUGUCUCUGGAGAAGCUAUCGGUGGCAUACGUGAACUCCAUGGCAUCCGACAUCUUGGGCUUCCCGGCAGAAAUGCUGCUCGGGAGACGAUUUCUCGACUUUGUUUAUCCGAAGGACCAGUUCAUCUUCACGGCCGAGCUCACGAGCCUCAUGCGCAGCAUGGGAGAAGGGAAGAGUGUGACCGGUGGGAGUUCCUUCUAUUGUCGACUUAGGGAAUACAAAGACCUGUUGAAGUAUGGCUACGACAUCAAAGCCAAGAGAACCGUCUACAAACCGUUUCAGGUAUCUGCAGAACUUAAGGUCCAGGAUGCAAAUAUCAUAAUUGGGCAGCCCACUCCUCCUCCUCGAAUAUUCUGCAUGGUGUGUCUACAUCCUAUUGAAAGUGCUUACAAAGUACCCGAUGAGACACCAUCAAUGCUGUCAUUUGGAACUCGUCACACCUCCAACUGCUACUUCAGUCACAUGGAUCCAUCAGCCAUCCCCUACCUGGGCUACCUCCCUCAGGAUCUCGUUGGGAACUCCAUAUUUGAAUAUUAUCAUCCUGAUGACCUGAGCACCAUGAAGAAAGACUUUGAAAACUUGUUACUUCAUGAUCGGGUGCCUUGCCCAGGCCACAUGUCUCGUGUUCGGGCUCAAAAUGGCUGCUAUGUUAAGAUGAGUACUGAUUGGUCAUGCUUCAUCAAUCCCUGGACGUGCCGACUAGAGUUUGUGAUUGGACAACACAAAUCUUGCACCCAUGGAGGAGUGGAGAAGGUGGGUCCUCGUCGCAUGGACAUGGUUCACAGGGUGGAGCAGCUGUUAUCCCAGGCAGGCGAUGUGCCCUUCAGUUCCCCAAGGAGGCCCUGUAGCUCGAAAGAGGGAUCGGUGAUGAUGGGUCAGAUAUCUCCAUGUCGAGAAGUGGAAGCCGAGGACAAGAGUGGGUCCUCUUCAUCCACUCUUCCCAGCUACAAUCAACUCAACUACAAUGACAAUAUUAUACGUUUCUUCAAGAGCCAACAGCACCGGAGCUCUUCGGAUGAUUCCUCAGUUAACCUCGUUCCAUUUCAGUCCCCUAUCCUUAGUACAGAUGAUGAUGUCAUGGCAUCUGGCUCUGGAAAGAGAGGCCAGAAAUCCAUCAGCUCUGGCAACAACAGUAAUGGAAAUUCAUCAUUGGGGAAGAAGAGCAAUGGGAACAUGUCCUCGAAUAACAACAGUCGGACGGGUUCAUCCAAUAACUGCAGCAAUGGAGAACGCAGUCAUCAGGACACUGACUUGGGCAGCAGUGUGUCCAAGAUCCUAUGUCCCCCUGUAGGGGUGGUGCAUCCAAGGGGGCAUGCCCACCCAUCAAACCUCACCAAGGAAAUGCUGUCAAAGCACAACCAGACAGAGGAGAAGAUGCUGGUCAAACAGCAUAAGGAGGAUCGACAAAAGGGAAUCGAGUCCUUGGUGGAACGAUUUGCUGUGACAGAUGUUGAGGUGAAUGUGCUUGAAAUUCUCAGGAAUGUCGCGGGGAGAAGCGGAAAGCAGAGGUUUCGAGGGUUGGAGGCAAGCGGAAACAUCCCCACCUGGCUCAUCACCAUAGCCAUCACAUCAACCCUGGACAUAGAUCUGGUGGUGCAAUUGGUAUUGCGGCCCCUAAAGCCAGUCCAUAUUUCUGCGUUUGGAGGGACAGUUGUUAGUGGAGGAUUCUGUCCAAACCAUGGUACAUGUCCUUCAGAGACUGUCUCUGCUCCUUUAAUUGGCCAGUCUCCACACAUGUCAAUGCCAACACUGGUGAUAACCAACCCAACAGGAACUGGCCAGAGGACCAUGAUGAUGUUACCAAAUGUGUCCCUGCUGAUUCCAUCAGAAAGCCUAGGAGCUGUAUCUGAUUCAGACCUUCCACUGCAGUAUCCUCCUUGCCCACCAGCCCCUGGUUAUCGGGAGGACCAAGACCAUCCUGCCAUGCAUGUCUCGCAGGUCCUGAGUCAUGGACAUUGUCUUCCCUCCUGCACAUGCAGUCCAUCAGGGAAGCAGGUGGGAUCUCGAGCCACAUCAGUGAAAGUGGAACCUGGUUCGGGUAAAGAGAGCAUAGGAGGAUCCCCAGCCUUCAAAAAAGAGACUGAUGAAGAGGCUGACAUGGACACAACUGGUUCCUUCCCAUUUCGAAGUUUCAGAGGAUCCUCAUCAAAGCCUGAACAUUGCAGCCUUGAAGCAGGUGUUGGAUAUUCCUCCAACACUGAAAGUAGCCCCCUAGACUCCAUUGACUCCUUUCUCAAGACGGAUCUUCAGGGGAGUCCCAUUAACUUUAGCAGUGCGUGGGAGUCUUCCAAUGACACUGGUACUGUCUCUCCCAAGAAGAUUAACUUGCCCGAUCGACCACAUCUACCGCAGCCAUUUUGGCUCAGGAAUGUGGAUCUCACCUCUGAUCUGGUGUUUCGAUAUCAGAUGGAUACUCAGAAUCUGGACCAAAUCCUCCUCUGUGAUCAGGCCAAAAUAGAUGCCAUGACCCAGCCUCUGAUGGUGAACAAGCAAUUGGGAGUCCUGUAUGGAGAACUGGAGGAGAUUGAACAAUCUGCCCAGCUGGCUCUCGAGGAAGGCAGCCUGUCAGGGAGCUCCGACUUGGAUGCUGGGCAAUCCAAUUCUAAGCACAAUAUCGCAGAAGAAUAUCCUGCUUCUGCAGAUUCAGGAAGAAACCCUUCCACUCUUUUGAGGGAUUUCCUCGAACCCAUGAAGAAGCCGCUCGGAGCUUGGCUCGGUAUUCAUCACCUGGAUGCAUCCAAAUUCCAGGACGGCGGACUGCACGACCGAAAGGAGAACCGGGAUGCCCCUCAUUUUCGUUCGAUGCCACUUGGCUCUUCGAACGUCGACGAGAUUCGCAUCGGGAAAGUGAGAGGCUAUGAACAGCAAUGGCGAAGUGAACAACUGAUGUAUGUCAUUCAUCACAUGCUUCACAAGUGUUUACGUUUUGGAGAAAUGUUGGCACAGAUGCUGGAGUUGGGCCCCCGCCUCCAGGAGGGUCGGAACCUCCUCUUGGGCAUGCUCGGGGUGCUACCCGUUCCGCCAGCAUCUUGCCUUCUCCUAGUUGCAAUGGUACUUGAACAGCAAUGGCGAAGUGAACAACUGAUGUAUGUCAUUCAUCACAUGCUUCACAAGUGUUUACGUUUUGGAGAAAUGUUGGCACAGAUGCUGGAGUUGGGCCCCCGCCUCCAGGAGGGUCGGAACCUCCUCUUGGGCAUGCUCGGGGUGCAAAAAAGUGGCAUUUUCGCGUGGAUCGUCGAACUUUGA